UUUGCAUGUCAUAAACGUCGUUCAUUUGUAGUCAAUUUUCGCGACAUUCUGGACCGUUGCAUAAAUUGGAAAAUUGACUUUGACAUUCAGUUGACAUUGUGAAAUAACCACUCGACGAUAGCCUAAAGGGUUGAUGUACUAGUAUUUUUUUGAUUUUGUGGCUUCUAGCUUUUAUUUAAAAAAUACUUGGUCAACAUAAAGUUUGGGAAACUGCAGAAUGGUAUGCUUUUUAUAAAUAAAUAAUUCCACUCUAAAUUCAUAGUAAAGCACGCCCAGUAUUGUCUUUUUAUUUACUUUAGCCCUUUUCAGAAACGACUUUGAAGAUAUUAGAGACAGUGACAGCAUAAAGACAGCGUGAAAGUUAUGGCACAGAAAAUGAAUACAGAGAAUUUUGAGGUUAUCGCUCUGAAAUACCUGGAGCAAGGACGCAUAUACACACCAGCCAGGGAAUUUAUUAAUAAGAUUAGUUUGAGAUUCCCUGGCGUUCAAGAUACUGAAAAACGUCAGAAACUGAUAUUGGAUAUGGUUAAUCUGGUGAAGACCAGAUUAGCAACAUAUAGAAACAAGAAAACCUGGAGAGCUUGGUUACAGGAAGCAGCAAUCCAGUUGGACUCAGCUCAAAUAGCCCACAGGGAUUGGAUCUCCAGCAAUAUCUGGAUUCUAAAGGAUAAGCCAGUAAGGAAGCCAGAUCCUCCAAGUCCAAGGGAGGAUGAUAUUUCGGAUGAUAUCUUGGCAUUGUCGGCUGGAGAGGAAGAAGUGGCGGCUCUUCUAGAGUCCCCUUCUAGUUCACCGAAGGUACCGAUGGAAGUGUCGAUUCUUCUAGAGUCCCCUUCUAAGGUGUCCGUGGAAAUUGAUCCAGAUAUUGUUGUGAGCAGUCCUAGAAGAUCACCAAGGAAGGCCAUAAAAAAGAGUCUUAUUCAGGAACCUUCUAGGAAUACAGGAAAUCCAAAACCCAUGGUUAGAGCUGAAUCCUCAGGGAGACGGGAGAAACGGGCUUCUAGUCCGUCUUCCAGGCAUGCUUCACAUCAAGAGCGUAAGAAGGCGAAACUUCCUGUGGCUUCUAGUUCAGAAGUUCCUCAUUCGCAACCCGCACAACCUACCAGAUUGUCUGUUACUUUCGGACGAACGGGUGGAGAUCGUAGUGUCGCUAUGGGGAGGGGUAUGACCAUAGAUUACCCCAAACCAUUUCAUCCUGAAAGGCGUGCGGCUCCUCCACCUGCUUCAAGCUGGAAGAAGCAGAGGACAGAAGAUACAUUGCUCAAAGUCAGGAAAGCGAUAGAAGAGAAAAGAUCUACAGGGAAAAGGCGGUCUAACAAAAGGAUGAACGUUAAAUGCUGGGUGCCAAACUGUUUGGAACCGGCCCAGUAUAUGAAGGUUCAUGCCUUCAAGCAUCAUGUCCCUGGGAUUUUCGAUGAAAGGCUACAACAUGUAUACAAUCAUUUAUAA